CACUCGAUCUUCAUGCUGUCAGGAGUCUAGUAGUCCAACUCUUGGUGUUUUGUGGCCUCUCUGUCCUCUCUGCCCGGAGACCACUUCGAAAUCCACUGUCGGUCAGUAGUAACAAGUCGUCGGUCACUAGUGGACAGAUUGCCCGAUCUCCAGUGGUGAAAAACUAAGCCUAUUGGUGGGCGGGUGUAUCCAAUCUAGCUGCAGGCCGGGUCGCUAAAUGGGAUGGCUGGCUGUACACAGAUGAAGUGGUUGGGAUUGUUAUGCAGUACUUCACACAGCUGUUGAAAGACGAGGCUUUAAGCAUUAGAACAUUAAAGUGUUUUCUUUAUAUUCUCGAAAAGCUGAUCCGGAAUUAAACAACUAUUAUUGUUAUCAAAAAAGAGGAUAUAUUUUCAUAACUGCAUGAAGAUGUGUCGGUUGGUGACAGCUGACUAAUGGACCAUGUAACAACUAGCUGAUAUUACCUGUGGAAAGAUAACUUUACAAAAGUGUAUGCACGGAAGCUAUCUGGUGUAGUUGAGUGGGAUAUAUGCACACAGCUUCAACAAAUGUCACAUUAGUUGGUGAAUACAGCUAUAAAUGAGGAUUCCAGAUGGCAGCACUGUGUUCCUGCUUCAGAGACACAAGAUGGCGCUGCUCCACAGGAAUAUACAUUUUCAUCUGGAUUACGAGCCUGGCGCUGCAGACCGUGAAAGCAGGAUCUGGCUGUGCUGAUGGGACGCGAGAUGGACUAGAGAAUCAUGAAUGGAUAGCUGCGUGUAUGGGGCGAUGGAUGGGCCACAUCUCCAACAGCAGCUCCCUCUGCUCCCCGGGGUGGCGCGUGUGUUCAUGGUACGAUGAGGAGUACCUGCACAACAUCAAGUGGAAGGAGGCUGUCUCCGUGGCUGGUUGCUAUGCCUACAAUGCUGCACAAGAUGGCGGCCGCUGUCGGGAGUGUCGAAAUGAUAUGGAGCAGGAUGACCUAGCAGGCCUGGGCCACGGCUGUUCGAAUAUUCACCAGGGUCAGACGUCUUGUAUCAGCGGGGGCCGGAUUGACGCCAGUUGCUGUGUGGAUGCUCACUUCCAUCGCGCAUGUCAGUACCAGCCCGGGAUUGCCACAGGUGUCCUAUGCUGCAAAAUGCCAGUGAAGCGUCCACGUAUCGCGGUGAAGCCGCCGGAGAAGAUGCAUGUGUACACGGGUCUGAUCUUCCUGUUGACGUGCCAGGCCACGGGCAUGCCACCCCCGCGUGUCCAGUGGUACAAAGACGGAGUCCAGAUGAGCAGUGACAAUCCACGCAUUUCUGUAUUAUCAUCAGGAGACUUACUGGUGACACUAGCACGGAAGUCUGACACAGGUUUGUACACGUGUGAAGUAAUCAACGAGGAAGGGAUCGACAUGGCCAGCUCGUAUGUGAUGGUGGCAGAAUAUUCGUCUGGCUGUAAGGACGGGUCGACCGAGGGUCUCCACCUCCACCGCGACAUCCAUGCGUGUGCCGGGAAGUGGAAGGGUCAUGUCAGGCACGGCAAGGCGCUCUGUCGGAGGGGCUGGAGGGUGUGCAACCCCAGAGAUCGGUCAAUCCUCAGGGAGGUCACCUGGUUGGACAUCUUUGACCUCGAGGGAUGUUAUGCUUACAACGCAGCAAACAGCAGAGGACGGUGUAAAAAGUGCACCAAGGGUAAGAUGGCCGGUAUAGGUCAGCACUGUGGAUUCCUGCGGUACUCGCAGACUUCGUGUCUGUCUCAAGGCCGGAUUGACGCGUACCACCCUAAGAACAAAACGGCCUGUGUGUUCCAGGACGGUCACAUCUCGGGGGUGGUCUGCUGCAAGAAGAAGAAGAAGAAUAAGAGCAGGGCAAAGAAAUGUAGCCCAGAUUGUGAGAAUGGUGGCGAGUGUGUUGCCCCUAACCGCUGUCACUGUACUAUUGGCUACAAGGGAGCUCGCUGUCAGAACCCUAUCUGCACACCCAGUUGUGGCAGCAAAGGAGUUUGUAUCCGCCCCAACAAGUGCAAAUGUUCGGCUGGCUAUGGGGGGCGGUACUGUCGACGAAAAGUGCUCAAGUGCAAGAAGGCGUGUUUGAAUGGCGGGCGCUGUGUGCGAGGAAAGUGUCGCUGUCGGUCAUCUCACUGGGGCAGUUCCUGUCAGUAUUUGUUGCAGCAUAUACUGCUGUCAAGACUGAACAGGACGGAAAGGUGAAAGGAGAUCUGAGAACGAGAGAACACCAAACUACACUGCCAGAUGAAUAAAAAACAUUGUGCUGUGGUGUUGGAGAAUGACAGACAGCCUACUGCUGCUGCUGACACUGCAGUUUUAGUCCCUUCAGAUUCACUAGGAACAGUAAAGCUCACAAAACUGUGUUGAGCUGAACAGUGAUGUGUCCAGUUCCUGUAGGAAGGAUGGACACACGAUGUGACACAUUUGUGACAGUCCCUUCAUCCCUCCAUCUGUGUUGGAGCAUGAACCUCGUUUGUGAUUAGUAUAUAAACCUUGAUGUGUUGUGGAAUACUGACAUCUGACCUCUUGAAGAAAAAUAGCAUAGCUGUGUUUGAGCGGAAGUGCAUUAUGGAUAGAUACCAGUAUAGUUCAGACGUGGGUUGUAAAACUGAUGUGCAUAUAGCCAAGUGGGAGAUAAGGUUAUAUUCAUAUAAAUGGAUUUUAGAUUGAUAUGUGUAUAGUUUAUGUCUUGGUUAUAUGCAUAUUAAUGGAUUCUAGAUUGAUAUGUGUAUAGUUUAUGGCUUGGUUAUAUGCAUAUAAAUGGAUUCUAGAUUGAUAUGGCUUAAACAAGAAGGAGAUGAUUUCCCAAAACACAUCACGUAUGCUGCAGUGUUUAUUGUGAAAUGUAGUUUAUAUAUUAUUGUUAAUGUUUAUGUCACACCUUACAUAACAGCAUCGUGUUUACUAAUAGGUUAUUAGUGUGUUUACCGUGUAUAAUUUUUCACAUAUUCAUUGUAUCAUACACAUUUCUUCACCAGCUUUUCCUCCCAAGAUCUAGAUAGAUAAAUGGGUACACUUUCUGCAAUGUGUUAUAAAAACCCUAAUAAAACAAUAGUCUUAUACAAAAAAAUAGCUACAGUAUUACAGAUAGUAAUUCUGAAGAAACAUUAUUUCACACAGGAAAUAAUAUUUCUUGUAGCCAUUUUUCAAAUAUGUAGAAUACAUGUAUUUCAUUGAAAGUGGUUAAAAGUGGCUAAUUAAAAAAAUAAAAAUAUAUAUAUAUAUAUAUAUAUAUUAGCCAAAUGCUAAAUAUUGUAGUCACUUUGUAUAAAAAUUAGCAACAUGCUAAUUUGGCAGUGGGUAGGGCGAGUCCUGUAGAUGGAAGUCAGCAUAAUGCUUAAGAAAACAGUAGAAUCCUCAAAAGUUUUUAGGACUCUACUUCAAUUUUUAAAAGUAUAAGUAGCAUGUUGUUAGAUCUCGGCUGUUUGGGAGCCAUAAUGGAAACAGUAAUAUGUUAGUCAUGGUUCUCAUCAUCUUUGGACAGAUAUGAUUCUGCUAUUACAUGUAUUAGGCUUUUAAAUCUGUUCUGUGUUUCAUGGAUCAGUAUGUUUUAAAGUGACAGACCCUCGUUUUUAAAUCUGUUCUGUGUUUCAUGGAUCAGUAUGUUUUAAAGUGACAGACCCUCGUUUUUAAACAACAG